AUGGGCGUGGUGGCACAUGCUGCGCAGCAGCGCAGGACCCGCUGGAUCCACGCCUGGCAGCAUUGGAGGGCAGCGUUUGCUCUGUUUGCAGGAGACACAGCGGUGUAUAAAGAGGGCACGUACUGGAUCAGGGGCCGCACCUCUGUGGACAUCAUCAAAAGCGGAGGCUAUAAAAUUAGUGCACUAGAAGUCGAGCGCCAUCUGCUAGCACACCCCAGUAUUGCAGAUGUGGCUGUGAUAGGACCUCCAGACAUGACUUGGGGCCAGCGGGUCAGUGCUGUGGUGAAACUGCAGGAGGGUGAGAUGCUGUCUCUCAAGGACCUGAGGGACUGGGCAAGGGAAUCCAUGGCGUACCACUCUGUCCCCACAGAGCUGCUCCUGGUGGAGGAGAUCCCACGCAAUCAGAUGGGAAAAAUCAACAAGAAACAACUUCUCAAGCACUUCUACCCAACCUAGUGAGGCACCAGGCUGAGAGCAGGGCCGAGAUGGCUCUCCCCCUAGUGCCUGCUGCCCCAAUGGAGUCUCUCUGAGGAGCUUUAAUGCAUCCUAGUGCAAUGGGUUUGCAUGAAAAUGAUACAAAUCAGGUGCUGUCAGUGAUUUCUGUGCUCGUCAUGCUGGGAUUGUCAGUCAAUAAAAUCUGGUUUCAUUCCA